UGUUCCAAGAAAGUGGAGUCAACAGUAUCUGCAACUAUAACGUUCACAACUGACAUAAACCAAGUCAGGAAGAAAUCUCAAAAGUACCCUGCAAAACCAAACGAGAAUGAGUUCAAAUCAAACUUCAAAAACCAGAUGAAGAAGAAGAACAAGACAACAACAAUGCCUCCCUUCUCAACCACACUCUUCCCUCUUAUCUUUUAUCUCCUCUUAUCACCAGUCACAUCUCAACAAGUUUCACACCACUGGCCAGGCUUCAUCUACACACGCACCGGAGGAAGAUGCAGUCCGCAGUUCUGGAGCGGAAGACAAGAAACAUGGCCGAGAAUGGUUCCAGAGACAUCAACGGUGUCGAAUGUGUUUGGAUGGAGAGUGUAUAAACGGUACAGAUCGGAUCUCACGUUACUUGAAGCGACGAGUAGGAACGAUGAAGGUGAAAACGCGUUUGGAGCUUUGUUGAAAGAGGGAACAGCUGCGUUGGUAAACUCGUAUGCGAGAGAGGGUUUUCCUUUUAGGUCGUGGCAGGUUAAGACUUUGGUUAUGCAGGGGUUUGUUUCUGAGGUUGCUGCUGCUUCUCUAGCCAAACGUUUCUCUUUGGCUAAUCAUGCUUGCUCCUAAAUCAUUCAUGUUCACUCUCUGUUUUUGGUUUUCUUUGUUGUUUUUUUAGUAUUGUAUGUAUAGAAUGGAAAUGGAAAUCACUACUCUGUGAUGUUUGCUACUUUGUUGUUCUUUUCUAGUAAUGAGUUUUUUUUUUUUUUUUGAAUUACUUAAUCUUUCAUUUUCUUUCUUAUUCACACCUAUACAUUUUUAUGGACUUGAGUUUGUUA